AUGCCGCACCUUUGCCUACAGCGACUUGGCAUGGCAUACCUACAAGGCCAGCUCGGAUUAGCGCGUGACUCUGCAAGAGGCGUCCAGCUGUUGAGGACUUCUGCUCAGAUCGCAGAUCAGCUUGCCGACCCAGACACGGCCACGCCGCUGUGGGUAUGGGGCAUGCUCAUCAAUCACGAGUUCGACCUUGGCCCCUCAGUUCCUCUGCCUUUCUCUGUCUUGCCCCGACUCGAUCCUGUUGAUGCUGGGCGAUGGAUCAAGAAGUCUGCAUACCUUCACGAAACAAAGGCGCAAUGCCGUAUGGGUACUGCAUACGAAUAUGCUCAGCUCGGCCUGCCAUACGAUCCUCUUAUGAGUGUGCAAUACUACUCGCUUGCAAGUCAAGGCGGUAGCGAGGAAGCCGAUAUGGCUCUCAGCAAAUGGUUUCUGUGUGGCGCAGAAGGCGUCUUCUCGCCAGAUGAAGAGCUUGCGUACACGUUUGCCGAGAAAGCGGCAGACAAAGGCCUGCCGAGUGCAAUCUUUGCGCUCGCUUACUACAACGAAGUUGGACUCCAAGGAGAGCCUCAACUGGAAGUCGCCAAGCGUUUCUACGAAAAGGCAAGU